AAAGAUUUUUGUGAGUACCAAUGGCAAUGGGCUAUCUGCUUAUUGCCAAAAUUCAGUUUUUGAUGUGAAUUUUCCAAUUUGGAAAUGGCAUUCACGCAGAGCUGUAAAUCUCCGAUGGCUUCAAAUUCCAUCACUCUUCACAGAAUCCCACUCUGUUUUCGAAUCCCUCAGCCUCAGCUUCAGCCUUUCCCUAAACCCUCCGCCGCCCGAUUUCGAACUUACCGCCGCAGAUUUUCAGCCAUAGCCUGCCAAACAGUUCCUAAUCCCGCCGACACCUCCUCCGCCGCGGAAAAUUCGGCGGACGGUCCCGAAUCAGUUGAUGACAGCACUGGCCAAGCCGCUAGUUCUUCCACUAAUAAUGGUUUUCCAGAAUUUCCCAAUAAAAAUAUCAAUAGGCAAAUUGCAGUGGUUUCUACCCUUUCAGCGCUGGCUCUUUUCUUGUCUGCUCGAUUAGAUUUCGGUGUUUCUUUGAAGGACUUAGCUGCAGCGGCGUUGCCCUAUGAAGAGGCUCUCUCAAAUGGAAAGCCCACUGUUGUGGAGUUCUACGCAGAUUGGUGUGAAGUCUGUAGGGAAUUGGCUCCAGACGUAUUCAAAGUCGAGCAACAGUACAAGGACCGUGUGAAUUUUGUUAUGCUCAAUGUUGAUAACACAAAGUGGGAGCAGGAGCUUGAUGAGUUUGGGGUUGAGGGUAUUCCACACUUUGCCUUUUUGGACAAACAAGGGAAUGAAGAGGGCAAUGUAGUUGGCCGACUUCCAAGAAAAUAUCUGCUCGAGAAUGUGGAUGCUCUUGCUCGUGGGCAAGUAUCGAUUCCCCACGCCCGUGUUGUGGGACAGUUUUCAAGUGCUGAAGCAAGAAAAGUGCACCAAAUUGCUGAUCCAAGAAGUCAUGGGUAGAUUCUCUUUUCUGAGAAGCAUUAGGUCAAGUUGUCUAUUCAAAUACUAUCUGAUAGAUUUCCUGAUAUAGCUAGUUCAUCUUAUACAAUAUAUCCAAUUGUUUGUUAUAUAUAUUAUGAACAAUUUUAUUUCUCCUCUUGAUUGUAAAUAAGCCCUCAUAGUCCAAGGAUUUCAUCGUCGGGUGUUUUAUUCCUUAUACCGCUCUUCGUGAUUUAGUCUUUUGCUUCCUUUCC